AGAUGUUAAUGAAUGCGCUCCUGAAUUUGACAACUGUCACAGUAAUGCUCAAUGUAAUAACACAGAUGGCUCAUUUGUAUGUAUUUGCAAUGAAGGAUAUACCGAGAAUGGUGUUAUUUGUGAAAGUAAGUGGACAAAAAUAUGGUAUUCGUAAAAUGCAUGUAGACAGACUAUCUAUUCAAAUGAAACAGACAUGCAUAUUAGCCAAUCAAGUCUAGACUGGUUACCGUGUCCGUGUGUGCUCUGGGCUGGUCUCCAUGUUUUCAAAUAAUCAUGCAUGAAAACAUUCCCAAAUAUUUGGUGGAGCCUAAUGAUGCAUGCAAGGCAGUCUAAAUGAUGCAGCAUAGUUAUUCAUGAAAAACUCAAUUGUCAAUAGACCUUUCCCCUUAUGAGUGAAAUUUUGAUCUAGACAAGCCUGGACAAAAAUGUCAUCACAGCUUGAAAGAGCAUCACAAAAUUAGUAAUAUUCCGAUGUUUCGUUGCAAAAUGUUGUAAAAUGUGGAUAAUAUAGCCUUGCGAAAGUUGCUGUUUUUCAGUCAUUUUGUAUUACAAUCUAACAUUUUGCAUCAGAUGAUCAAACUGAUGCAAAAUGUUAGAUUGUAAUGCAAAAUGACUGAAAAACGGCAAACUUCGCAAGGCUAUAUAUUAUCCGCAUUUUACAACAUUUUGCAACGAAACUUCGGAAUAUUAAUUUUGUGAUGCUCUUUCAAGCUGUGAUGAAAUUUUUGUCCAGACUUGUCUAGAUCAAAAUUUCACUUAAAAGGGAAAAGGUCUAUUGAUUGCAACUGACAUGCUGAUGAUAACCACGUUCAUUGCAAUGUAAAUCUAGAUGUUAAUGAAUGUUCUGAAGAACGUCACGAUUGCCACCACAACGCUACGUGUACAGAUACUGAAGGUUCAUUCAACUGCACCUGUAAUACUGGGUACUCAGGAGAUGGAAAUAGUUGCCAAGGUCAGUUUACUAUAGCCUCUAUUAUAUUCAAAUAUUAAUGAAGUUCCAAAUGAUUUGUAUUUGGAUUAAUUAUUAGACUUUCUCUACACCUUAAAAUGUAAAUGCACUAAACAAUAGCACAUGGGCCCAUGGGCCACACGCCCAUAAACUCAUAAAGUAAUAAUUCCCAAGAUAGCUAGGGGGUCUUUUUCUCCCCGCCCCCAGUAAUUGUCUCAUCCAGGGUUUGUUUUCAUAGCAAACUUAAUUAUUUGAAUUUUUAUGGGAGGAGACAGUUACGAUAAAGCGUCUGUAAUUGUUUCUCGCAAAAAUUAGUUUGGGGGUCGGGAAAUUUUGAGCCCUCCCCCCCCCCCAAGCAAUUUGCUACAUUAUUCUAGUAACACAUGUACACUGUAUUUUAUAAUUAUUUUUUAUGAUAUUUUGCAGAUAUUGAUGAAUGCGUUCUUCAAAUUGACAACUGUCACAAUAAUGCUGAAUGUAAUAACACAGAUGGCUCAUUUGCAUGUGUUUGCAAUAUGGGAUAUUCAGGGAAUGGUACUAGCUGUGAAAGUAAGUGGAAUAGAAUCCGAGACAACAACAAUGUGGUGA